CGGUUCUUUAUUCCGGAAAUUGCUCUCAGAGGCAGCGUGAGGUUGUGCUCUUUGUGAAAUUUCACCAUGGCGUACCGUGGCCAGGGCCAGAAAGUGCAGAAGGUUAUGGUGCAGCCCAUCGUAUCCUACGCAGGAUGUCAGGACUAGGAGCCACUGUGGUGCAGAACCUCAUCUUCAGAUACUUACAAAAUAGAUCGCGGAUUCAGGUGUGGCUCUACGAGCAAGUGAAUAUGCGGAUAGAAGGCUGUAUCAUUGGUUUUGAUGAAUAUAUGAACCUUGUAUUAGAUGAUGCAGAAGAGAUUCAUUCUAAAACAAAGUCAAGAAAACAACUGGGUCGGAUCAUGCUGAAAGGAGAUAAUAUUACUCUGCUACAAAGUGUCUCCAACUAGAAAUGAUCAAUGAAGUGAGAAAUUGUUGAGAAGAAUACAGUUUGUUUUUAGAUGUCCUUUGUCUAAUAUGAACAUUUAUUCAUAUUGUUUUGAUUACCCUUGUGUUAUACAAGAUGGCAAUAAAUGCUGUGGGAUUGUUUGUAUUAAAAAAUUUACAUUGCUUCUUCCUAUU